AUGAUUAACAAGCAGCAAAUUAAUUCAAGCCACUUACAUUCGUUCCUCGUCUUGCUUGACGGCGAGGAUGAUAAGAGUAUCCAGGCUCUAAUCGACCCAGCUGAUCACCAAAACGUCCCUCGAGCGAUGAAAUUGAUGGUCACUAUCAGCAGACUUCAGUUGCUGGGAACAUCCUGUAUACGGCCGAUUGACCAACCUAUUCUCAACGCCCUUCUAGCGCUUGACGACCUCCUUCGAGCCUUCUACGAGCCAUUUGUAAUACCUUCACUGUCACUGGGAGAGCAGCUUGCAUCGCUUGCGAAGUUUGCGUUCCUUGCUUUUGCGCACCACCGGCUUCAUGGCACUGGGUUCAUGACGAAUCAACUGUAUGCAGACCUCCAGGGUGUUGUAAAGACAGCCUUCUUCAAUGUGGCCAAACAGAAGGAGGUUGACAGCUCGAAACCAUUCUACCUUUACCAGCAGGGGUCCGAUCGUUUGGAGCAGAUGAUUGGGGAUGUUCGAACAAUGUCGCAUGACCAAAACGUCGAUGUUCUACAGCUUUGUGAACGGCUCUCUGACUGUAUCGACGUCAAUCACAUUUUUGCUCGGCACCCCGAUUGGAAGGGCGCGCACCGUAGAUUGUCCUACACGGGGACAGAAGGAGUUGACCACGUCAACACUUGGUAUUUCACGGGAAAUCUCAUUGUGAACGAUGUUGAUCUUGACAGUGCGUGGAAGUCUGGCCAAAUCGAGGCUGAGUUGGCGUUACAGGCUCGCUAUAUCCCAUUCGGUUUCAACGAUGUACUGCGGACCCAUGAUGUAGAUUUCUUACGAUCGCACGGGAAUGGGAAAUUUGUAGGAAUAACAGAGUUGGAAGGGGAGGAUACAUCAAUUAUCGCUGAUGUCGAGCCUGUUGAUAACGACUCUUCCGAAGAUUGUCCAGGCUUGGAAUUGGGGGCAGAGGCGGAGCUGGUGAAAGAUGAAUUAGCAGAUGAAGAUAUUCACCUUGACAAUCUCCUGGCAGACGAACCAGACGAGAGUGGAGACUUCUCCACUUCAGAAGAUAUACCCGCUGACUGGCUUCCAGUUCCAACCAAGAACGGCGACAUGAAGCUGGUCCACAAAGCCUCAAUUUUGGCAUGUAUGUUCAAGUCGGGGGCCACCAAGCUUUCAGCCGACCGGCUGUUGCGUGUCCGAGGGUACACGAAGGACUUCAAGCGUGAGGAAAUAGUGAUUUCUGUGGGAGAAGAGAUGCUACGUGUCAAGAAUAUGGCAAUCAGCGUCAUUCAGACAUCAAAGAAGCAAAUUGUACCAGUUAUGUUUGCCGUCACUUCACUCCUAAAGGCUGGGAAGUUGAUGCUGAGUGUCGAUGUUGCCGAACUGCGAUCAGAGAGGGCAUCAGAUAUCCAGGUGACAGGGCAAGUGCUUUCUGCAGCGUGCUGUGAAUUCAGCACUGAGAUGGGGAAGAUGUUUGGCUUCGUGUGGGAUGGCGGAUACUUACAGUUUACCUCGCCGACACGAUCCUCUCAAGCGACUCGACAAGCUUCAAUAUCCGCACCAAGACCCAGAAAUGGGUAUAAGGACUCUCAGGUUCUGCCUUUCCCCAGCCACCUCGUCUACCCAUUGAAUGAAGGUCUCAUUCCCGUCAACCGCCUACCAGAUGGGAUUACCAAGCAGCUACUCGAGGCCGUUAAUCACAAGAAUGCAGCAUUCAUGCCCAUGUCCACCUUUUAUGAGCAUGUUGAGAGGUUCAACACUCUUCCCGACUCUGCAUUUGAGAAAUUGAAGAAUGCCGGAACGACUCCUGGACUACCCUAUCGGAAUGAAUCAGGGAUUCCAUGCAUCAUCAAUGACGCUACUCAGGCCCUCACCAGUAAACAGAUUGUGACCGACUCCGGCAAAGUAGAGUGUCAUCAAUGUGGCAACUUAAUUCACCUUGCAGAUGGACGGGCGCAUGUCAGCGAACAUAUUCUCUUGAAGAUGCUUGGGCUACAAGAACUUGGUCUCCGCGAAGAGAUAUCCAACGAGAUCGUGAAAGUCUGCGGGUUCUGCGGGAAGCUAACGUGUGGACCGACAUCCAUGAAGCCGCAUUCACGUACAGAAGUCACAUCACUAUGUCCCCGAAUGCACUCGUUCUCCCUAGGACACGCCAGCAGAUCAUCAAAAGGACACCCAUCUACAAAUGUCCCCGUUGGUUGUCCAUUCUGCCCCGCUUCCCCUUCUUGCCCUCCGCCAGUCUUUUGGAAAUACUCGAUGUUCUUCCACAUCCAACAAGCACAUUCACGCUACUGGGACAGUGAGGCACAUCAGCCACGCAAUCUUCCACCAGAUUUACUAAACAAUCUUCAGGUGACUCUUUUGGAGAUCAACUCCAUCAGAAACCUGCAUCCUCGCAUAUCUAGCGCUUGCACACCCCUUAUUGCUCUACCCUUUGACCCAAACAUCACAGGUCUCAGGCGCAAAGACCCGCCGACCGCAGAUGUCAUGGUCAACUCGUGCGGCAUGAGCAGCUCACGAAAGAAACCCCGUCUCUCCCGUUAA